UAUGGGGGUGUGUGAGUGGUUAGUGGGAGGUAUAUGAAGUAAAUGGGGUGUAUUUAUUAAAGGUGGUGGUGCGGCUGGUAAAGUAUAAAACAAAUUCAAAAUAGGAGUACAAAGUGUGUGAAGGGGUGCGAGAUUAGUAAUGGUGGAGGUGCGCGAGGAAGUAAAAAUGCACGGAAGCCCAACAGACAAAAACAAAGCGGGGGGUGCGGGAUCAUCAUAAAUGGAGGUGCGCGAAGUAGUUAUAAAGAAGCCCUAAAACAUCAAAAUGCAGGUGCAUGCAGUAUGGGUAGGGGUGUGUGAAGAAAAAGAAAUGGCAGACCCCUUUCUUUUUUCUUAAACGGAACCCUAAUUAAACUUAGUCUCUCCAUGGCAGCCCCCUUCCCUCGUCGUCACCAACCACAACGCUCAUGCCGCCACUGCAACUCCCACCACCGGCGAGGGACGACGCCGUCGACGCCAGUCACCAUCAGCGAUGUCGCCGGCGAGAACCUCGUUUCUUUCUCCUGCGCGCGAGGCUCCUUCGUCGCACCUCCGUAGCCAACCAAGACUUGCCGCCACCGUACCAGCCACCACGAUCGGGACACGCGAGCGCCAUGGAAGCUCGAACUCCGGCCUUCGUUGGCGUCACACCAGCGCCCACUCAUCCCAAUCCUUGCCUCUCUUCUUCCGCGAGAGAGAAAGGCGUCGUGACUCCCUCAACUCGCCACCAUCGUGCCGACCACACCGCGACCCGGUUCGAGAACGUCACGCGAUCACGUUCCACCGUCGACGAGCUUCGAAUCGCCGGCUUGGGUUAUUUCGGCGAAUUUGAGACGCGAGUGUUUGGUGUUUGGUGUACUGUGCGAGAUUGGUUGAUUUGUGGUGAAAAGUUGGGGUUGCGGCGUGAAGAAGAUGAUCGAGAGUAUGUGAACCUGCGGUUGAGCGUGUGGGUUUUGGUUUUUGGGUGUUUUGCUGAGUGUUGUAUAACAGCGACUCGAGAAUGAUGAACGAUGAAAUCUGAGUUGGUAGCAGUGGGCGUAUAUGUUGUUUUUGGUUUUUAUGCAGGUGAGUGAUGAAAGUGAACGAACAAGACGACAGUUGGGAGUUGGGAGUGUGUACUGUUUGCAGGUUGAAAGUGAUGGAAGAAUGAUGAAGAAAGAUUGGUCUUGGAUGAAGGUACGAAUCUGGAGAUGAAAGCCAAGCUCAUAGCUCAUUCGUGUGCGAGAAUAUGAACGAGAAGAUGGUGAAAACAGGUCCUAGAAAUGUUCACAGCUUUGGCUAUUUCAUUGGAUAUGGAAAAUGACGAGGACCAGUGCAUGAUGAUGCUGUUUUUUUAUUGAAGUUGUGUUGUGAUAGAUGAAGUUAGAUACUUAAAGCAUGUUUCGUUUUCUGGCACUUAACAAACGACGCAAGCAAACAUACUAUGAAACUCGACAAACCCAACAACAUGCGCACAUCAUUUCACACAAGUAUUUCUAUGUUGAGGACGAAAAACACCAAGACAACAUAUUCAUUGAAUUAUUCAAGAUAGAGUUCUUACCUAUUGCAGCCCCUACCAGAGUUGAGUUGGUGGCUUCAAGUCUUUUCUCUUUUCUUCCCUUGGCUCGCUUCCCCCCUGUUCUUCUCCUCUUUUCUCCUUUUUUCCCUGUUCUUUUCUGAUGUUUUCUUUUUUCUUGUGUGUAGGUCGUGACCAAAAUGCUUAGAGAAGGAGUGGAGUGUGGUUCUUCUCCCCGUCAGUUGGUGGUGUUCAUGAUUUUUUUCUGAAGUGAAGGUUUUUGCAUGAUAUUAUGAUCUCCUGGUGCAGAGAAAACGUGCUGGAAGAGGGAAAGAUUGAUGAUUCAUGUUGGGUGGUUGCGUGUGUUGAUUCUUGAGGGAAUUCCCAAUAUCGAAGAAGAGAACCCCACCCCAUUGAUCGAAACGAAGGAUGUGUAUGAAGAUAAGCGCAUGAAACCGAGGACUAAUGCAUGAAAUCAACGUGGAGAGGUGACAAUGUAAGAGAGGGUUGCAGAGGGUAGGUUGCGUUGGUGCAGAAAAAAA